CUGUCCCCACUGCUGUUGCGUUGCAAAAAAAAAUCUUCCUGACUAGGUAGCCUUGGACCUUCUCUGUGCUAGAGAAUCUAAAGGAGAAAGAUUUCUGCAACUGAAGGGGCAGUCGGGUAGUAUUACAUUUAAGAUAUUAACGCCCGUCCUGGUUCCCAGGAGUGUGGGGCUAGGGGCGGGGAACGGCCUUAGCCUUGAGAGCCGAAGAGUGUAAAACGAAUCGUUUCCAGGCCAGGCGUCUCCAAAGGCUCUGCAGGUCCUGUGCUCUGCGUGGUCCUUCUGUGGUUACUGACCGGUUCAAACACGACCCCUUAACAAUAUCGACACAGCCUGCGCGGCCCGCAGCCCCUCCUUGCUGCGUGCAGGGGCCGCCGGCGCGCCCAGCAGCCGGGGUUCCCGUCGGCACCUCCGGAGGAGCCCGGCGCGUGCUCCCUCCCCACCCCCUGGCCUCCCUCCCCGCCUACGGCUUCCACGCACUCGCAGUGAUUGUUUUGCCCGCUCCCGCCGCCGCCGCCGCCGCGGCCGCCAGAGGAGCAGCAGCGCUUGUGCAGACCGGGAAGAUGGCGGCCGGCGGCGGCGGAGGCAGCAGUAAGGCCUCCUCCUCGUCGGCCUCUUCGGCAGGGGCUCUGGAGUCCUCGUUGGAUCGGAAAUUCCAGUCGGUCACCAACACCAUGGAAUCCAUUCAAGGCUUGUCGUCUUGGUGUAUAGAGAACAAGAAGCAUCACAGCACCAUCGUCUACCACUGGAUGAAGUGGCUCCGGAGAUCUGCAUAUCCCCACCGUCUGAAUCUCUUUUACCUUGCCAAUGAUGUCAUACAGAACUGUAAAAGGAAAAAUGCAAUCAUAUUCCGUGAAUCGUUUGCUGAUGUACUUCCUGAAGCAGCUGCUCUAGUGAAGGAUCCAUCUGUCUCUAAGUCUAUAGAACGAAUCUUUAAAAUCUGGGAAGAUAGAAAUGUAUACCCAGAAGAAAUGAUUGUGGCACUGAGAGAAGCUUUGAGUACCACUUUCAAAACUCAGAAGCAGCUGAAAGAAAAUCUGAACAAACAACCGAAUAAGCAGUGGAAGAAAUCACAAACAUCCACAAAUCCAAAAGCUGCUCUCAAGUCUAAGAUCGUUGCUGAAUUUCGAUCUCAGGCCCUAAUUGAAGAGCUGUUGCUAUACAAGCGCUCAGAAGAUCAGAUAGAAUUGAAGGAAAAACAGUUGUCAACUAUGAGGGUGGAUGUAUGCAGCACAGAAACUCUCAAAUGCUUAAAAGAUAAAACAGGUGGGAAGAAGUUCUCCAAAGAAUUUGAAGAAGCAAGUUCCAAGCUGGAGGAAUUUGUGAAUGGAUUAGAUAAGCAAGUGAAAAAUGGGCCCUCACUAACAGAAGCACUGGAAAAUGCUGGAAUUUUCUAUGAAGCACAAUACAAAGAAGUAAAAGUAGUGGCUAAUGCCUAUAAAACCUUUGCUAACCGGGUAAACAAUUUAAAGAAGAAACUGGAUCAAUUGAAGGCAACCCUUCCAGAUCCUGAAGAAUCACCAGUCCCUUCCCCAAGUAUGGAUGCUCCCUCCCCAACUGGUUCUGAGUCUCCUUUUCAGGGAAUGGGAGGUGAGGAAUCCCAGUCACCAACCCUAGAGAGUGAGAAGUCUGCCACACCUGAGCCUGUGACAGAUAACCGUGAUGUGGAAGAUAUGGAACUCUCAGAUGUGGAAGAUGAUGGGUCAAAAAUCAUUGUCGAGGACAGGAAGGAUAAACCUGUGGAGAAGUCAGCUGUAUCCACUUCUGUACCUACAAAGCCAACAGAAAGUAUCUCAAAGACCUCUUCGUGUGCCCCGGUGCCUGUGACCAUGACGGCAACCCCACCUCUUCCAAAGCCUGUGAAUACUCCUCUUCUGUCCCCUUCCCCAGCAUUGGCUUUGCCAAACCUGGCUAAUGUGGAUCUGGCAAAGAUCAGUUCCAUCCUUAGCAGCCUGACAUCAGUCAUGAAAAAUACUGGGGUCAGUCCUGCAUCAAGACCUUCUCCAGGAACUCCUACCAGUCCCAGCAACCUCACCAGUGGCCUGAAAACACCUGCACCUGCCACGACAGUAUCUCACAACCCUCUGGCAAAUAUCCUCUCGAAGGUGGAGAUCACCCCAGAGAGCAUUCUGUCUGCACUUUCCAAAACCCAGACACAGUCAGCCCCUGCACUGCAAGGCUUGUCAUCUUUGCUUCAGAGUGUCACUGGGAACCCAGUUCCAACCAGUGAAGCUGCAUCACAGAGCACUUCAGCUUCCCCUGCCAGCACCACGGUCUCUACCAUGAAGGGAAGAAAUCUCCCCUCCAAUACCCAGUCUUUUAUUCCCAAAAGCUUCAGCUUUUCUCCUAACUCAUCAACUUCUGAAGUCUCUUCCACUUCAGCCAGCAAGGCCUCAAUUGGGCAGAGCCCAGGGCUUCCAAGCACUACUUUUAAACUGCCGUCCAACUCCGUGGGCUUUACAGGCACCCACAAUACUAGCCCUGCUGCCCCACCUACUGAAGUUGCCAUGUGCCAAUCUUCAGAGAGCUCCAAGCCAAAGCUGGAGUCAGAGUCUACUUCCCCAAGCCUGGAAAUGAAGAUCCACAACUUCUUAAAAGGUAACCCUGGUUUCAGUGGCUUAAAUUUAAACAUCCCAAUCCUGAGCAGUUUGGGGUCCAGCGCCCCAUCAGAGAGCCAUCCCUCAGACUUCCAGCGUGGCCCUACUAGCACCUCAGUCGACAACAUUGAUGGAACCCCUGUGCGUGAUGAACGGAGUGGGACACCCACCCAGGAUGAGAUGAUGGACAAGCCCACAUCCAGCAGUGUAGAUACCAUGUCCCUGCUUUCUAAGAUCAUUAGCCCUGGUUCCUCAACACCCAGCAGUACAAGAUCACCGCCCCCUGGGAGAGAUGAAAGCUACCCCCGGGAGCUCUCCAAUUCUGUAUCUACGUAUCGACCCUUUGGCCUGGGCAGUGAAUCUCCCUAUAAGCAGCCUUCUGAUGGAAUGGAGAGACCAUCUUCCCUGAUGGACUCUUCACAGGAAAAGUUCUAUCCAGAUACUUCUUUCCAAGAAGAUGAGGAUUACCGAGAUUUUGAGUAUUCAGGGCCUCCACCCUCUGCCAUGAUGAACCUAGAGAAGAAACCAGCCAAAUCUAUCCUGAAAUCAAGCAAGCUUUCUGAUACCACCGAGUACCAGCCAAUCCUGUCCAGUUAUAGCCACAGGGCCCAAGAAUUUGGGGUAAAGUCUGCUUUCCCUCCAUCUGUAAGGGCCCUCCUGGACUCUAGUGAGAACUGUGACCGUCUCUCAUCUUCCCCUGGGCUAUUUGGUGCCUUCAGCAUAAGAGGGAAUGAACCUGGGUCUGACCGGUCACCAUCACCGAAAUACCCUUGCCGCUCCCACGGGUCACCCACCCACAUCAGGCGUGGAGAAAGUCCUGGCCUCCACCAUUUCCACCACGUCGACGAUUGAGUUUAAGAAUAUGCUUAAAAACGCCUCACGCAAGCCCUCAGAUGAUAAGCAUUUUGGCCAGGCCCCCAGCAAGGGCACUUCAGGUGAUGGUGUCAGUCUCUCAAACCUCGCCCAGCCCAGCCUGACCACCACUGAUCAGCAGCAGCAAGAAGAGCACUACCGCAUAGAAACCCGCGUCUCCUCCUCCUGCUUAGACUUGCCUGAUAGCACAGAAGAAAAGGGGGCCCCUAUAGAAACCUUGGGUUAUCAUAACGCAUCCAAUAGGAGGAUGUCAGGGGAGCCGAUACAGACCGUAGAGUCCAUCCGAGUUCCUGGGAAGGGAAAUAGAGGACAUGGGCGUGAGGCAUCAAGGGUGGGGUGGUUUGAUCUGAGCACGUCAGGCA